CAACUACUGGCUUUGACAGGGAUCUUAUUUGAAUUCUAAUCGGAUUUGCAGAGAUCGGAUUUUUGUCGCGUCCAUAUAAUUCCUCGCUGCAUGCCGAACUUUGUCCACCUCUCCGCCUUAUCUUUCCCCGCAUCCCUCGAGACCUCUCUUCUUCCACACCCUCCCACUCAUCCCCGAGAACCGAAAUGUCGGAUGAGCCAGCGACUUUCAAGCCUGCGCUCAUACUUCAUGGAGGUGCAGGUAAUAUCCAACGUGCUAAGCUGCCACCGGAUCUUUACGCCAAACAUCAUGCCUCCCUCCAAUCCUAUCUUCGCUCGACCUACACACUCCUCAAGGAGGGCGCUUCGGCCCUUGAUGCCGCGGUCCACGCCGUUUCCCUUAUGGAAGAUGACGAGCUAUUCAAUUGCGGUCGUGGCAGCGUUUUCACUACAGCGGGCACGAUCGAAAUGGAGGCUUCCAUUAUGGUUGCUACCGUUCAAGACCCCGAUCAGAACCGACCGGGGGAAAUGAAAAAAGCCGCAGCUGUCAUGAAUGUGAGGAAUGUGCGACAUCCCAUCCAACUGGCACGCGAGUCGCUCUUACGGACCGGCUAUACGCCUGAUGGAAAGACCAAGAAGGACGGUGGUAGCAUGCACCCCCAGCUUGCCGGACCUCAUGUAGAGACCCUUGCUCGGGAGUGGGGCCUGGAAUUUAAGCCCGAUGAAUGGUUCUGGACACAGCGUCGCUGGGACGAACAUCGGCGGGGGCUUGAGGGGAAGGAGGAACCUAUAUCUUUAAGUCAGGGCACGGUUGGCUGUGUCUGUUUGGAUCAAUGGGGUAAUUUGGCCGUUGCGACCAGUACGGGCGGCAAGACUAAUAAGCUACCCGGUCGCAUCGGGGACACUCCGACUCUGGGUGCAGGAUUCUGGGCUGAUGCGUGGGACGUCACCUUCCCGGGGCCAGAGGCCGCGUCUCCUGUGAUCCCGAACAGCAAGGUCGGAGCGGUCUCCGCCACGCCCAGGUGCACGGGCAACCUCGCAACUAGCACCAUGGCUAGUGUGCAGGAAUUCUGUGGAAACUUGGGAGACAGCCUGCGAAGCUGCCUGGCUCCACGUUCUCAACCCGAGAGCCCCGACCCUCCGGCCUAUUCGUCUCGUUCAUCUAGUCCACGUGCCAGUGUGGUAGUUCAGGUAUCUGGAAAGUCAUGUUGUAUGCGAGGCUCGACGUGUGCAAGAAAAGCUAUUGCGAUCUCAGGAACCGGAGAUGGUGAUGCGUUCCUUCGUCUCGCUGCUGCCCACUCGGUUGCCUCGCUAUCUCGGUUGCAGAACUACUCCCUUACCGAAGCUGUCAAGUUCGUGGCCGGUUCUAAUGGUGCUCUUCAACGAUCGGCUGGCCCCCGAUGGGGAGUCACGGGCGAGGGCGAGGGUGGAUUCAUUGGAAUCGAGCUUGAUGAGGAGCAUUCUACUCGUUCAACUGGAAGGCUGGAAAAGCUACGUCGUGGUAAUGUGGUCUGUGACUAUAAUUGUGGUGGGAUGUGGCGUGCAUGGGUUGAGCCUGGUCAGAAUGGAAAGGACGUCGAGCGGAUCAUGGUCUUCCGAGAGAAGUACGAGUAGGGCGAUUCACCAUUCUCGAGUAGGCACACUGCGAAUUGUGGCAGGAUAGAAUAGCUUUGAUGUCUAUGCUCUCCAAGAUGGAUCCAAAUCAUAGAUUGUGGCAACACCCAUACCCAACUUCGAC